AAUGAAGAGUGUGAUGAAGAGUCUCUUUCUCCUGGUGUUGGCAGGUGCUGCACUGGGGGAAGUUCAGAAGAGGGUUUAUGUGGGUCAGACUGUUCGCAACCUAGGAGGUGCUGCACCUAACAAUCAUGGUCGGCAUCAUGUGAUUUUGUACCGUCAGAACUGUAAUGGUCCUCUACGCUGUGGAGGUUCUCUGAUUACUCAAGACUGGGUCAUCACUGCUGAUCACUGUGACUGCAAGCUCUUAAGGGCAGUUUUGAACUCUCAUCCGAAUCCUGAUCAUGAAGAUGUGGAUGAAAAUGAGCGAGAAGAGCGGAGGAUCGCGGAAAAACAUUAUUGUUGUGACGACGGAGAUCAUGAUAUCAUGCUACUGAGACUGAGAAAUGACCAACAUCAACAUCAUCAAUUUCCCACCAUUCAGCUCCCUCCUAAAAACUGCACUGCACCGCAUGUUGCCCAGCAAGUUCUUUAUUACGGCAGGAUGAAUGCAUGGCUUGGUCAACAAGACCGUCAUCAUAGAAAUCUGCGAAGGAUGUAUCCCUUCGAAGCAGAUCGGCUUCGCUUUGCAAACACCCCUGUUGUGGCGUGUCAAACUGGAGCACCAAAUGACUGUCCACCAAUACAAGAUUACCCCUAUGUCCCUGGUCACUGUGUUUGUGUUCAGCAUCAAAAUAUUUCAUCUAAUCGAGGUGAUUCUGGUGGGAGCCUCGUCUGGAAUGGGCUGCUGUAUGGAGUGCUUUUAGCUGGACCUGACUAUCUCAAUGGUGGUCCAACAAGUUUUGCAAACAUUUGUGACCCGCUCUACAGAAACUGGAUUGCUCAGACUGUUCAUUAAGUGCAACUGUAAUUUCAGAGAUCAGUGUGAUGUGUGCUGC